UGAUAGGCUACGUCUCACAGUCGAGGUGAGCGUGCAACAGGUUGUCCAGUUCGUCAUCAGACUUGAUUUGACUCGCCAGUGCUGCUAUUCUAGCUUAUACGCCGGACGUCUGUGACUGUUCCAAGUCACUCUGAUCCAUUAACGAUGGGGUGUUUGGACAGCAUGAGAGAAUGCUGUGACAGGCCGAAAAACACAAAUAUUAGAAUUAGUUUCCCUGCCGUCUGCUUCGUUUGGCAGACUGCGAUGAUUAUCCUCUUUGGAGUUUUCAUCCGUUAUGAUGAGGAAUCCGACACUCACUGGGUAGAGUACAAAAAGGAAAAAAAUAUCACGAGUGAUGCUGAAAAUGAUUUCUACUUCAGAUAUCCAAGCUUCCAAGACGUGCAUGUGAUGAUCUUUGUGGGCUUCGGUUUCCUCAUGACCUUCCUCCAGCGCUACAGCUUCAGCGGCGUGGGCUUCAACUUCCUCAUCGCCGCCUUCGGCAUCCAGUGGGCACUGCUGAUGCAGGGCUGGUUCCACUCUCUGGACUACACUGACGGCAAGAUCAAAAUUGGAGUGGAGAGCCUGAUCAACGCAGACUUCUGUGUGGCGGGCUGUUUGAUCGCUUACGGAGCCAUCUUAGGAAAAGUCAGUCCAGUUCAGCUGAUGGUGUUGACAUUAUUUGGUGUGACACUGUUUGCCAUAGAGGAAUACAUCAUCCUAAACAUCAUCCAUGCCAAAGAUGCUGGGGGAUCCAUGGUGAUUCACACAUUUGGAGGUUAUUAUGGUCUGUCCAUCUCCUGGGUUCUAUACCGACCAAAUUUGGAGCAGAGCAAGCGUCUCCAUGGAUCUGUUUACCAUUCAGAUGUCUUUGCUAUGAUCGGAACCCUUUUUCUGUGGAUGUUCUGGCCCAGUUUCAACUCAGCCAUCACUGACCACGGGGACGGGCAGCACCGGGCGGCCAUCAACACAUACCUGUCCCUGGCCUCAACGGUGCUCACCACGUUCGCCAUCUCCAGUCUCUUUCAGAAAACAGGCAAAGUUGACAUGGUGCACAUCCAGAACUCCACCCUGGCCGGGGGUGUUGCUGUGGGCACAGCAGCAGAGUUCAUGCUGAUGCCAUAUGGGUCUCUGAUUGUGGGCUUCUGCUGCGGGAUCAUCUCCACUUUAGGCUACAUCUUCCUCACACCCUUCAUGGAGCGAAAGCUCAAAAUCCAAGACACGUGUGGCAUCCACAACCUUCAUGCCAUGCCCGGCGUGAUCGGGGGCAUCGUUGGCGCCAUCACCGCCGCGGCAGCAAGCAAAGAAGUCUAUGGGACAGAAGGGUUGAUAAACACUUUUGACUUUGAGGGGCAUUUUGAAAGAUCGCCUACGGUUCAGGGAGGAUACCAGGCAGCAGGGCUGUGUGUGGCCAUAGUCUUUGCCAUUGGUGGAGGUAUUUUUGUAGGUUGUAUCCUGAAGUUGCCCAUAUGGGGCGAUGUUGCAGAUGAACAUUGCUUUGAUGACGAGUUUUACUGGGAGGUGCCAGAAGAGGAAGAAAGUCUUCAUCCCGUUCUGGAGUACAACAACCACAUGAUGAUAAACAAGCGCACAGACAUGUAAGUCUGACUGUCAGACAGACAUGGUGGAGUCUAAUUUCUCAGAACCGCAAACUUAAAGCAGCAUCAGAAUGCUGCAGACAUCUGAACACACAUUCACACACAUAAACACCAUGCACUCUGUACACUAUACACUCACACAUAUAAACACCAUGCAAUCUUCACACUUAUGCACUCACACAUACAUGCUGCAAUGCUGAUCCUUGUGCAAGACUGUCAGCUGCUUGGAAUUUUCUUUUAAGAAUAACACAAAUGUAUGCCUACCAAAAAGAGUAACACAACAAAGUGGCUUUGAAUGCAAUAUAUUUGAAUAUAAUAAUCACUUUGUUUGUUUGAAUGUAAUUGAAUGGAGCCUUUUACCAAGGAUUUUACAAAUGAUAAUACUGCUAUUAUGGAAAUGCUGAAAAUUGCAAUAUAAAUUAUGAAAUCUAAAAUA